AUGCCUCCUUCAUCGAACUCUCAGCUUCGUUCACCACCGCCCACCUCUCCCGCCGGCUCUGUUGCGGGUGAUCGCCUUGGUCUUGAUCCCAAUGACCUCGCGGUGCUCCACCAACAUCAGCAGCUCGCCCAUGCGCAGGUUCACAGUCCGGCAGGAUCUGCCGCAAGCUCGCAGGGACGACUGCUGCUAGAUCCAAACAGUCUGCAGCUGCUCACACGCCACUUCGACCGGAUCAUGCAAGCGAUUCAGGAGCGCUUAGAAGCGCUUUACGCCGCUACCGAGAUUGCCACGCAAACACAGACCGAUCGCGCUGGCAACGCUCUCGAAAUGGCUGACCAUGAAAUCGCGCGAUUUCGAGCCAUCUUGCACCAAACCGAUGAGCUCGAAGCGGAGUUCGCCAAAAUCUCACGAGUCCGCGAAAUCGUCCGGAGCUUUCGCGCCCGGAUAGAGAUGAUGGAAAGAAGAUUGGGGUGA